UUGAUAAAAAGAGAGAGAAGAAACCACCCUGAAAAAAAGGUUGUUUCCUUUUCAACUGUCAUGGGCAUUUCGAUGGACAACAAGCUGCCUUCAGAUACCUCUUGCGUAGCUUUGUCAUCCACAGCUUUUCCAUGUAAAGAUUCUCCAAACCAGAUCCAAGAAAAGAGUUUCAAAGACGAAGAAGCAGACGUUAACGAUUCAAGUCAAGAACUCAAUCUCAUCGACUGCAUAGACACGAGUAUGGAUGUUCAUCAGGGUUAUUAUGGAUCUACUACAUCAGCAGAACAAAAGCUUUUCUCAUGCAACUACUGUCAAAGAACAUUCUAUAGCUCACAAGCACUUGGUGGUCACCAAAACGCACACAAGAGAGAGAGGACGUUGGCAAAGAGAGGGAAACGGAUGGCAGCAUUAGCCUCAUCUUUUGGACAUCCUUACGCCUUCUCACCAGUUCCUUUCCAUGGACACUACAACAACAGGUCUUUGGGGAUACAAGCUCAUUCGAUGAGCCACAAGUUAAUUUCAUAUAACGGGUUUGGUAGUCCCUAUGGUCAGAUCAACUGGUCAAGACUACCAUUUGAUCAACUACCAGCAAUAGGCAAACUGUCUUCAAUGGAGAAUUUUCAUCUUCAGCAGCCGCAUCAGAUGAUGAUGGAUCCUUCUGUAAAUGUACGGUCCAAUUACAUUGGUAUACCAUCAACAAACAUAGGAAAGAUUCUGGUAGGAUCACCGAUAACUCUUGAACAGUGGAAAGAAGACGGAGGAUUGUUAAGCACUAAUCAGGAAGAGCAACAUAAGCAUAAGCUUGACUUAUCCCUCAAGCUCUAAGAUUAUUUUUCUUGAUUCUUGCAUUUAGUAUCUUUAAUGUAUAUUUUUCAUGUGAAUGUUAUCAAUAAGAACUCUUAUGUGUAUAUAUUUCUGUCUAGUGAAGAUUUUCUUAUGUACAUUUUUUUACAUAUCUACUUAUUAGUUUGAGAUUUGUCGACUACGCAUACAUAAAUGAUUUCAGGUAGACCCAACAACCAUAUAAAUCAUAUCUAAUUCCUAGAAGUAUAAAGGAUGUGUAUAGAGUAAAUGAAAAGAGAAGAGAUCUUUGGGAAGAUUUGGUUUCAUAUUCACAAGAAAAAAGGAAACAAUAUUAUAAUGUCAAAGUUGGUUUACCUAAAAGUUAGAACAAUCAUUCUAUUUAUUUAAAAGUUGCUAACAAGACACUCAAA